AUGGGCUUCCUGCGCUCUUCUUUCGUCGCGGGCCUCCUCUUCCAGCUGGGCGCACUCGCACAUGGACCGCUCGGCUAUGCGCAGGAGAAACCGUUGGUAGGCGAUGCCAGCUUUGACUACGCCGAGGCAUGUCCAGACUAUGCGAAAUACUCAACAAGUCCUCAUCCUCCCAACAGCGAGGGUCCUCUGCAACUUCCGUUCCAGCGACCGCAUCCCAAAUGCCGCACGUUCCAUUCCGACGCCGUCGAGAAGGUCAUUAAGGAUGUCACCUCACGAAUGAAAGACCCUGACCUGGCCCGCCUAUUCGAGAAUACCUUUCCCUCGACCACAGACACGACCGUUAAAUUCCAUACCGAUGGUACUAAGAAAUUCAAGAGGAAAGAGUACGGUCGGAGCGCUCUGGACGACGGCGCAUGGAUGGGACCGCAGUCGUUCAUUAUCACUGGGGACAUCAUUGCUGAAUGGCUCCGGGAUAGUUGCAACCAGCUGUCUCCAUAUAUGCCGCUUGCAAAGAAGGACAAAGACAUAUUUACCCUGAUCCUAGGGGCGAUCAACACGCAGUCCGAGUACGUGAUCGAGGCGCCCUACUGCAACGCGUUCCAACCACCUCCGAUUUCUGGCCUCAAAAAUACCUACAAUGGCCAGGACGAUUUCGUUCACCCAACCUAUGAGCCCUCUUUCGUCUUCGAGUGCAAGUACGAGCUGGACAGUCUCGGCCAUUUCUUGACCCUGGCCAACGAUUUCUACGAGACGACCGGCUCUCUCGAGUUCGUGAACCUGCGCUGGCUGCUGGCCCUCGAAACCGUGUUGGAAGUGUUGGGUCAGCAGAGCCAGCCUACAUUCGACCCUGCGACGGGACAGUACCAAAGGAACACUUACACGUUCAAGCGUCAGACCUUUGUUGGCACUGAGACUUUGAACCUAGACGGGGUGGGAAAUCCUCUGAACAACGGAACUGGUCUUAUCCGCAGCGCUUUCAGGCCGAGUGACGACGCAACCAUCCUCGGCUACUUUAUCCCGGCGAAUGCAAUGAUGGCGGUGGAAAUGAAGAGAACGGCGAAAGCUCUCAAGGCUGCAGGCGAGACCCAUACUGCCGAGAAGUUCGAGAAGUGGAGCCAGCAGAUUACAGACGGUAUCUGGGACCACGGCGUGGUUCAGCACGCCAAGUUUGGCCGCGUUUUCGCAUACGAAGUAGACGGCUACGGCUCCCACAUCUUGAUGGAUGACGCAAACUACCCUAGCUUGCUGGCUCUUCCAUUGAUGGGCUUCGUCCCACCGGAUGACGAAGUUUACCAGAAUACGCGCAAGAUGCUACUGAGUCGAGCGUCGAACCCAUACUAUCUGGAGGGACAAGAGUUUCGAGGCAUUGGAGCGCAGACGACCGACGACGAUGCUGAGAUCAUGGGGUGCCUGAACUAUGUGCUGAAAACUGCCAAGCUUGGACUCAUUCACGAGAGCAUCGACGUAAAUUCGGGAUACGCAUAUACCAGGGCGAACGGUGUUUUUGCCGAGACGAUAUUGGACCUGGCCAACCGCAAACCGCAUUUGAUAUUCAAGGACACUACGCCAUACGAUAUAUGGGAGGACUGA